GGGGUGACUGAGGAGUGGCUUCCCUUCCACACAUUUCCUCUAGACUAAGCUCUACCCAUCUACAAUUUUCCAUAUUUCAUACACAGAGACCGGCCGGCCACCACCACAGUACAACAGCUAGCAGGCAAGCAAAUCCAGCUGCUGCCACGGAGCCACCCGCUGCCAGGAAGGCUAGGGGAGCUCCAUGGGACUAUCAUGCAGAUGACCAGCUCCAGGACCAACCUCUCCCCCCAGCAGGGGCUGAGGGAGGAACAGAAGCUACAGAUUUAUAAGGAGCUCGUGGAUCUCCAAAUUGAGACCAAUCGCUUGAGGGAGCAAUAUGAGACAGAGAGCUUUGAGCUGAAGUGUGAGAUUCUGACACUGGAGAGCAGAGUCCUAGAGCUGGAACUGACGGGGGAGAAAGCUGGUCAUGAGCGGGCAGGGCUGGCAGAACAGCUAAAGAAACUGCAAGACAAGCGUCAGGAGCUGUCAAAUGCCUACGUCAGCCUUGAGAACAACUACCAGACCCUGGCCAAGCCCCGGGAACCUGAGACAGAAGAUAUCAUUGCCUCUGGACAGGAACAGAAGAAAAUGGAAAAGAAACUGAUAGCCAGUCAAGAAUACAUUCAGGAAGAGAUGGAAAAGAUGAAGCUCCUGCAGAAAACUCAUCAGGAGAAACUGGAGGAGAGAGUGGCAAUGCUGGGGAAAGAACUUCAGGAUGCCAAACAGGAGAUCCGUGACACACAGCACAAGAUCGAUGAACAGGCGAUGGCACUGUCCACUUCCCAGAAGCAGCUUCAAGAAGUAGAAAAGGAGAAUUCCAGACUGCAGCAACAGCUGAAGAUGAUGAAUGACGAGUAUCGCACCAGGCUUCUGCACUAUGUGAAGAAGAUGGCUUCUUACAUGGACAACACUACCCAGAGCCACCAAGGGCCUCCCCAGACAGAUGCUGCCAAGCCAGGGGCAAUGAAGAAGCUGGUGGAUGGAAUGCUCAAUGACAUGCAGGCCUCCCACCGAAGCCGAGAACACCAGCUGGCCACGGUCGCCCGGAGCUACAAGAAGAGGAUGGAGAGCCUGAUGCAGAGCCAUGAGGCCCUGCUCACUGCCUUCAGGGUCCAGCGGGAGCAGAUUAAGGCUCAGGAUGGUCCCAACAUGGAACCUGGUCCUCCAGAAGGGCACUUCACCAUCAAGGAGGUUGAUCUUCAGUCCAGUCUAACUCAGGGGCUCAAGAAGCUUCGUGAAGACAAAGUUCAACUGGAAACUCAAAUUCAGCAACUGCAGACCAAGAUUGGAUCCAACAAAGCCUUUAAUGUGGGCUCAUCUUUGCCACGGGAUGAAGUGGUCUGCGCCAACAUCCAGAAGCAGCUUCAAGAGUUCACCCAAAACACUCAGAGUGAGCUAGAGAAGGAACGGGGCCAAUUGUGGAGCCGGGCCUUGGUGGCAGAAGAACAACUCUCACAACUGCAGGAAUACGUGGACAAACAUCUAGGCAGGUACAAGCAGGAGAUCUUAAGGCUGAGGAAGCUUCUGGGCAAUAAGUCCUCUGAAGACAGCUGAAGCCAGUUUCCUUAAAUUCCCAGGAGAAAAAGCACCAACCAACCACUAGCUAUGCCUGCUCAGUCUACUCCCAACAAACAGCUGGAGGCACUAUGAGCAGGGAGUUCCACAUGGUUUUCUGGAGCAUUAGGGAUGGGAAUAAACUAAAUCUGCAGGUGGGAGGCAGCCAAUUUCCUCAGAAUUCUCUGCCUACCAUUCCUGUUAAUGCCUCAUGCCU